AUGGCAAAUGAUUAUUAUCAGUAUCAAAAAUUAUGUUGUUCUCUGUGUCUAUCGACAGUAUUCAUUUUUCUUAUACAAACUCCAAUCGUAGCCAUCGCUGAACCAAAUCAAUAUAUAUCAACAGUAGUAACAAAAACCAUUACUACCACAGUAUUCACAGUUCUACAUAAUAAUAAUGAUAAUAUCGAUGACCAUGGGGUUGACAAUAAUGUAGAAAAUAUCUAUGACGAUGAAGAAGAAGAAGAAGACGACGACGAUGAAGAUUUUAGUAUUGAUUCAACUUCAAAAACUGUUUCACAAGUAAAAUUUAAUAAUAGUAUAACAUCACAUUUAAAUGAAGAUGCAAACGCCAAUGAAUAUGACGAUGAAACGAGUUCCUAUCAAGACGACGAAGAUUACAUACACAAUUUCCUACAUACUGACACAAUGCCUGUUAAUCGGCCAGUCUCGAAAUAUCCGAUAAUCGAUUCUAAUAAUAAAAACUAUUUCGAUUCUUCGUCAACCACUUCGAUCACAUUUACUUCAUCGAGGUUUUUUCGUGUUCUAUUUUCUAAACCGGCUAUUCUUGUUGGUGUCAUCGGCGGCAUCAGUAUUGGUAUGCUAUCCGCUAUUGUCCUUGUGAUGUUUAUUAUCUAUCGCAUGCGUAAAAAAGAUGAAGGUUCAUAUGCAUUAGAAGAAGCGCCCAGAAAGUCACCGUUGCAUGCAUAUUCAAGAGUAUCAUCAAAAGAAUUUUAUGCGUGA